ACAAGUUAUCCAAAAUCCCAAAUAAAGCUUUGGCAGGUUGAGUUAUUUAUGAUUUGUGAGGUCCCGAAAGAAAGAGUGAGAUGUUGAGAAGGCGGGUUGUGAGCCACAAUUUGAGAACGUUACUUCAAAGCAUACAAUAAUAUAUAACAUGUUAUUUGCCACAGUAGCUAGUUCAGUUACAACUUACAAUGUUGCCUCCUAAUAUCGUCGUCAAUAUCGACGACAUCAAACAAAAACUUUCCUCUCAGUUUCGCCCUUUUCAACGUUCCUUUCAAUUCUGGGUUCGUGCCAUUGAUAUUUAUACCGGAUACAAGGUGUUUCAAGUGAGAGUGAAUUUCGAGAAGGAUGUUCAAAAGCAGGAAGCAAUGUGGGAAAGACAGCACGAGCUUGCUGCCGAUAAGAUUUUCUCCAUGUGCUCUGACCUUGGUGGUUUCUUCCUCAAGAUUGCACAAAUUAUAGGGAAGCCGGAUUUGGCACCUGCUGCAUGGGUCAGAAGGCUUAUUACGCUAUGUGAUCAAGCUCCUGCAACCUCUUUUCACACAGUUAAACUUGUUCUUGAGACUGAGCUGGGACAGUGUAUUGAUGAGGUUUUCGACAGGUUUGAUGUUGAGCCUCUUGGUUCUGCUUCAAUUGCUCAGGUUCAUAGAGCAAGACUGAAAGGUGACAAAGGUGAUGUUGUUGUCAAGGUUCAGCAUCCUGGAGUUCAGGAUCUGAUGAUGACAGAUAUCCGUAACUUGCAAGCUUUUGCUUUGUACAUGCAAAAAACAGAUAUCAAAUUUGAUCUAUAUUCGGUGACAAGGGAAAUGGAAAAACAGAUUGGAUAUGAAUUUGACUUCAUGAGGGAGGCCAGUGCAAUGGAAAGGAUUAGAAAGUUCUUGUAUAAAAUUAACAAAAGGACUCCUGUUUUGGUGCCAAGAGUAAUACGAGAUAUGGUUACUAGAAGGGUCCUAGUUAUGGAAUAUAUUGACGGGGUUCCAAUAAUGAACCUCGGUGAUGAAAUAGCAAAGAGAGGCAUAAAUCCUCAUGGUAAGGUUGCAGCUGCCGCAAAGCGGAAAAUUCUUCAAAGCUUGACUCUAGCAUAUGGUCAAAUGAUUUUGAAAAGUGGAUUCUUCCACGCUGAUCCUCAUCCAGGAAAUAUCCUGAUUUGUAAAGGAUCAGAGGUUGCCUUGCUAGACUAUGGACAGGUGAAGGAUCUCCCAGAGCCACUGAGGCUUGGUUAUGCUAAUCUAGUUCUUGCAAUGGCUGAUGGUGACCCAGUAAGAGCUUCAGAGAGCUACAGGGAGCUUGGUAUAGAUACGUUAAGCAAAUGUGAAAAUGAGCUACAAGAAAUGCUUAAACUGGCACAGACAAUGUUUGACACAAAAUUACCACCUGGUGUGAAAAUGCUGCAACCUUUUUCAGAGGAAUCUUCGAUUAAAAAAAUUGCUGUUCAGGCUUUCCCAGAAGAACUGUUUUCUAUACUUCGGACAGUGCAUCUACUGAGGGGACUUAGCGUUGGACUUGGAAUCAAUUAUUCUUGUGCAGAACAAUGGAGACCCAUUGCUGAAGAAGCUUUGUCUCAUGCUGGCAGAUUUAAAGGUAAAGAUUUUAGGCGCACAGGUAGAAAACGGGGUAUAGUAAAAACAUUAUUUUGGAGAGACUAAGUAGGUAGGUAUGGAUCAAUCUGCAUUCGUUUAGUUUGUUGAUUGACUGGUGAAUUCUUUGUGUGGCAUUGAAGAAAGAUAAAUUCAUCUUCAUCUUCAAUAGAAGUUUGACAUUGAUGGCGAGGCAAUCUCGAGUAGAUGUUUCGGUGCGUCGGCAGCUAGCUUUUGGAAAUUUAAGAUGUUUUGGAGAUAGUUCUUGAGGUGUUUUAUAUAAGAUCCAUUGGCUUACCAUUAUUUGAAAUUUUUUGAAAAUAUUAUGCAGACUGUAUAUUUUAGUCUGGAAAUGAACUUUCCUAUGAUUUAAGUUGAUUAUUAUCUCAAAAGGUAUUACUCUUACUUUAA